AUGGGAUUGAGAAAAUUGGAACCGCAAGAUGAAACCUUUGAGCUUGGUGCAACUGGUGAUGGUGAUGUUGAUUGUAACAUGAUACUUGGUAAAAAGUUCUUUGUGACUUCAUCUGAUUUUAUUGUCAUCUUUACUGUUAACUUUUUUGAGGUGCCAACGGGAUGGAAAUUCUUUGGCAACUUGAUGGAUGUUGUACAUUGUUCUGUUUGUGGUGAAGAAAGUUUUGGGACAGGUUCAGAUUAUAUUCGUGAAAGGAUGAGAUCUGGCCAAUCUUAG